AUGGAAGCACCUAGGAAUCGAAAGCAACGACGAGCAGCCGCCGCUGCCUCCAAGAGCGACUCCGACUCCACCUUCGAUCCGUCCUCCAUCCCGAUGGCCCAUCCGCCCCGAAGCACCACAAAGAACCCGAAAGAAAAGACGCUAGUGGAGUUGAUAGCUGAGCGGGAGAACGAACUGCUAGGCCUGGGUCAUGACAGGAGCUCGACCGGAAUGGACGGUUCGACUCCUGGGACCCGAUUCGUGAGCAUCGACCCGACGUCUGGCGAGAUUUCCAACUUGGAUGCAUCGGAACUCCCAAACGAACAACAAGGAACAAAAGAAUCUAUCACGGGGUCAGCAUCUGACGGGAAUUCGGGGUCUGGGGAAGACGAGGACGCGCCAAUCCCACCGUUCAUCGACACGGUGCUGCUCUCGGUGCCCCUGACGACGUUACACAUGACGUUAGCCUAUCUCGCGGCUCAUCAGUACGCGGAAUACAUCGUUUUGGACAAACUCAUCCGCGAAUCUGUAUUCGUUGCCUUCCCGAUCCUGACGUUUGCCAUUCACCUAGCGCAUGGGCAUAUCGUGUCCUUCGGUAAUGUCCAGAGCUCAGAACACGUCUCGCUUAUCCCGUUCCACCGAGAUAAAUUCUCGAUCGCGUUUCUUCGAAAACUGCUCUUCCCGCCAUCAUUGCGGACUAUGGUCUUCCUUCCGCUUGCUAUCUGCCUUGGGGCUAAGCUGAUGGCCAUGACCAACGAAGAGCCAUACUACGCUGUCAUGAAGCGAGCACCUUCCAUUGGGACGCUAUGGGUGUGGAGCAUCUUGGAGAUCCCAGUAGGCGCGGCGGUAUUGGGGGCAUUGGGGCCAAUGAUUUGGGGUGUGUGGUGGAAAGGUUACGGCAUUCUCUGA